AUGUCUACAAUCCCAUCCCACAGCUCCGCCACAGCGCGCGAUGCCACAAACUACUCCUACGAUCUCAGCAACGCGAUAUACGGCGCCUUCCCCAGCAUCGCAACCGAUAUCUCGCCGCGCAGAUCCCGCGCCGCAUCUCCAAGUUCCGCGUCCGCAUCAAACUCGUCAAAGAAGCUCAACACAGCCCGCAUGACUACAAACAGCACUACCACUACCACUGCUGCAAACCGCACGCUCUGCCGCCAAGCCAUCUCAUUGCACCGCCAAAACGCGCCCCCAACCUGGCUGCCCGCACCCAACCCCACCAAUCCUACCAACAAACGCAGUGCGCUCGCGCGAAGACAGCAAGGCCAGCAAGGCAUGAAUAUCCACGCGAGCACGUGCCUCAACCUCAAUGCGUCCACCGAAGAAGAAACCUCAGAAGCGGAUCUGUGGAUUUUGCCUGAGCUUGACGACUGGGAAGAAGACGAAACCGAAACCGAAUCUGCGAUUCUAACGCCUUCGUCAUCUGCCGAGCUGAACGCACCAGCGACUGGCGGACCGGAGAAUAAGUGGGCUGGAGUUUUACGCCGCGCUGCCAACAGUAAUCUUGAGCGACUGAGGAAUAGGAUGGAGGGGGAGGGGUGGGAUUUUGUUAAGCCUGCCAAUCAGGACGCCGAAGAUCCAGAUCUGGAUGAUGAGGAAUUCGACGUGGUUAUUUUGUCUGGUGAGAGGAGGAAUGGGUAG